CAUACUAUUUCUAUACGCGACGCUGACAAGAAAGGAAAGCAAUUUUCCAAAGGUUUAAAAGCCCAUAACAUAGUGCAAAAUAGUAACUAAAUUUAAGUGCAACGUGUAAAUAUAUGCAAAACGGAUCGUGAUAAUUUCCCAAACGGCGGUUAAUUUGAUAUUGGAAAGUGCAAAGAAAAGUACGUGAACUGGGCAAGAAAAGAGAACUCAAUAAAGUGAGACAGUGUGCGUGCGAAGAGUUUUUCGUCUCCCUCGCACUAAAGUGGAGCGCACUCAAUUAUUUUGUGGAUGGAGUGGAACAACAACAACGACACAGCACCAAAAAUACAAGCAGCAAUAACACCAACAAUAAAUGCAGAAAAUGUUAAGGAAAUCACAAAGAGAGCGAAAAACGAGAGAACAAUAACGAAAGCGUUAGAAUAUAAUGCAAUCGAUGCAUUAAAUAGAGUACAAGUACAAAAAUUGCAUUGGAAAUUGAAAUUCGUGCGACAAAAGCGAACGAUUGCAGAAAUUUUCGAAACUUGGCAGCCAUAUUUACUACAAAAACAACGCCGUUGUAAAAAUACGUGACAAAACGCUUCCACGAACACACACGCACUCAGUCCUACACCCACACACUUUUGGCAUCACACACAUCAUCGCGUACUGAAAGAGUAAGAUAGAGUGAGAAAGGGAGACGCGAACGUGAAUUAACAAACAAACAAAAAUAUUUUGCGAAAAAGACAAACACAAAAAACCCAAUAAAGUGUAUUAUAUAAACAAACAGUGGGUCGAUAACGAAAUAUUAUGGAAAUUGCACCACUAAUCAAUAACGCCGUCGCUGUCGUCACAGCCUCUGCUGCAGUCGCUGCCUCUGCCAGCGUUAACGUCACCAGCAGCAAGGAGAAUGAUAACGUGUUUGCUUUUUUUCUAUUUCAAGUCAACAAUCUGGCGUUGCUCGCUUCGCUGACGUUACAAAAAGUGCUAAAUAUCAACAAUAACAAUAACCACCACAGCAGCAACAACAACAAUAACAACCAUAGCCACAGCAGCGAUAUCAGACAACACGAGCAACAAAAACAGCAGCAACCACAACGACGAAACCUCGAUAUUAAGAGCGAGAAUGAUGUAUUGAACCAUUUGUUAAAAACUGGAGCUGUUUUCACCAAAACCGCCACUCCCACAGCGCCCAUUGCCAUUGAGAGAAAGAAGCAGUCGCAGCAGCAGCAGAUACAUCAAUAUGCACAACAUCAGCAACAGCAGCAACAUAGCAGCGCACAGAAGCAACGCCUCAACUCAUCCAUAUCAUCGACCCAUUCAUCAACAUCAACGAACUCGUCCUACGGCAGCUCAUCCUCGGAAGAUGCUGCAGCCGCAUCUGCAACAUUGGCAGCAUCUGCCACACUAGCACCAUUAACACCAAGAACAAACACCGCAAAGGCGUCCAGCAUUAAAUUGCCAGAAAAAUCGAAAAUUCCGUCCGAUAUACUUGAUGAUCUGGCCAGUCGAUUUAUAAUCAAUGUACCGGACAUGGAGCUGAAUAAUCUAAUACGAAUGUGUUUUCAAAUCGAGCUGGCCCACUGGUUCUACUUGGAUUUCUUUUGUGCCCCCGAAACUGGUGAGGAUGGCGAGACCCUGAAGUGUAUCCAGCGAAAGCUACCGACGGUGGGCAUUAAGCAAUUUGCCAUGCAGUUGUUCCAACACAUUCCCUUCCUGAACAAACAUUUUGGCACCGUGGAUCAAAUCCUGGACGAGUGGAAGAACUACAAGCUGUCGGUGCCCACAUACGGAGCUAUUCUGGUUUCCGAGGACCACAAUCAAUGCUUGCUAGUCCAGUCCUUCUUUGCACGCAACUCCUGGGGAUUUCCCAAGGGCAAGAUUAACGAGAAUGAGGAUCCAGCACAUUGUGCCACGAGAGAGGUUUAUGAGGAGACCGGGUUCGACAUCACGGAUCUCAUUGAUGCCAACGACUACAUCGAGGCUUCUAUUAACUAUCAGUACACGCGACUGUACGUUGUGCGUAACGUACCGCUGGACACACCUUUUGCGCCACGCACCCGCAACGAGAUCAAGUGCUGCGACUGGUUCCGCAUCGAUUCGCUGCCGGUGAACAAGAACGAUGCCAUAUCGAAGGCCAAGUUAGGCAAGACCUCCAACUCCUUCUUCAUGAUCAUGCCGUUUGUGAAGCGCCUGAAGAAGUGGGUGAACGAUAGGAAAGCUGGAAUCGAGCCACGUCGCCGCAAAUGCUCCGAUCAGCAAUCUCCGAAAGCAGCCUCGCCCACAAACAUAAACGGAAGUUGCAAAAAGGACGCUGCAGGAGUGCGAAAUGAAUCGCGACGUCAGCGACAUAAGUCCAUGGGGGAUUUGGACGGUGUCAAGUUGAAUAAUCUCAAUGGCAGGGUGGCCUCUGGGCCAGGAGCGGUAUUAGCAGCACCCGCCUCAGCCACCAUGGCCAUCAACUCGAUGAACAUUUGCAAUAGCAAUGGGAAGCGCAAUAAACCAAAUGCGGCUGCGGGCAGCAAUCAAACAACGCCACUAACAACAGCAACGGCAGUGACGUCAAACGGAGCCGUCGGAGGCGGCACAAUGUCCUCAAAGCGUCAACUGUUCCAUAGCCAAAGUCAGAACGAUGCACAGCAGUCGGCAAGCAAUGAGAAGCAGAUUGUCAGCUCCUUUGAUUUAAUUCGCAAGGAGAAGCAGCUACAACUUAAGGCAGCUAAGGCGCAGAAGCAGCAAGAGCAGCAGCAACAGCGAUUACGCACCAAGUCCCAGAGUGAUAAGCAGUUCAAUCCACAGCAACCAGUAAGGAUCCUGGGGCAACAGCAGCCCACAACUGGCAUGGAUUUGAUAGCCAUGCUAUCGGCCGCGGCGGCAGCUCAAAAGGCACCAAAGAACGAGCAGCAAAUACAGCAACAGCAACAACGACCACGACCAGCUUCGGUGUCGCUGAACCUUGGAGCAGGCAGUGCCGCAGGACCCAACGCAACCGCUCCGGAAGCCCAGAACAUGCACACGCUGCAGCGAAUGGCGUCGGGCACAAAUUUGAGGAUUCUGAAGCGAGCACAGUCGCAGCAACCGCCGCAACAACAGCUGCAGCAACACCAGUUGCAACACCAACACCAGUUGCAACACCAACAGCAACAGCAGCAGUUGGGCGCUGACUUUACGCCCAAUUUUAAUUCGUGGACGAAUUUCUCUUUCACCAAGAACUUCAUAGCAAAUGUGUUUUGCUAAACUUUUAUUUUUGAGUCAAAUAACUUUCUUUCAAAAUUCUCAACUUAUGCAUUUUCCAGCGAAAGACCAGGUUACAGGAAACACCGAAUAGUUUAGCAGGCUUUGUGGAGUUGAACAACUCGCGCUUUUGGGAAAAAGAUUCUUUGGAGACUUACCAGAAAAUGAAAGCAUGCCAAUUGCAUUUAACAAGUUCAUUUGUUAUAAAACUAACACUACAACUACCAACACUAUAGACAACUAAUCAUGUCUAGUCCUAGGCUUUGGAGACUAUGUAUUAAAGUAAAGUUUCCCGAUCUCUAAACUGGAGAUUAAACUUUUCCCCGCAUAUUCUACAUUAGGAAACUGCGACCACACUCAAACUGAAAACUUGAAUGCGAUCAAUUGUAUAAGUCAUUUUUAAUACAAAAAACAACAAAAUUUGCAUACCAAAAAAAAAGAAUCAAAAAACGAGAGUCUUCCGCUCAGCACAUGUAAAGUAAUAUUUUGUAAAAACACUACAAUCGCUGUUCGACUUUAAGAUCCAAGUGAGAACAAACAGAUUGAGUAUAAUUAUGUUAGAAUCCUUCCUGUAUAAGCUAAAAGUGUUUAUUGUGAGCCAAGUGAACCAAGCCUACUUCGAGCCGAGUGCUCGCCGUUUGAACGUAUUUUUAGAUACAACCCACAAACUUAAUCUAACUUAACUAAAGCGUAGCUUUAACAAGCCCCGGGUACAGAUCGUUUUGCUUUAAUUUCAAAGUCUACUGUUGACUUUUUGUAAGGGCAACAAAACGCUUCUGCGGAGCGAAAUUAUAACACUUAAUAUUUCUGGGCCGUAUUACUUACUGCCCGCCCCACCUACGAAUGAUAGACGAGAGAAAUGUGUAAGAAAAAAUACAAAUAAUAACAAUGUAAAUAAUUAAAUUGUGAUAUAGUAUUUCUUAGCACAAUUGUGAUCUUAACAAACGGCUGGCAACUACAAAAAAUUUUAUAAGUGAACCACAAUACCAUUUUAAUCAAUCAAAAAAUGCCCUGCACACCAACCGUUCAAAAUUAAGACCCACUUUCCAACAAUCAGGGGCAAUAACAGGCAUAUCUAGGCAGAAAAUGUUUCGUCAAUAUUUUUUUGACAACUUGGGAAUGCCAAGAUUAAAAUGUUAAAACAAAACAUUUAACGAAUUUAAAUUAGUUUUAAAUUGAAUGCUUAAAACGUUUUCAAUCAUGAUAAAUUUGUAUGAUAUACACGAACUAAGGUAAAAGUAUUCGAGCGAUUUGUAAUUUUAUGAAAACCAGAAGAGAAGUAUAUUUUUGUGAGCCAAUAGUGCGUAAGAAAGAGGAGAAGCCUUUUAAAAAAUGUUAAGUCUUUUGAUAAAUAUGCGUAGUUGGUUAAGGUUUUCUACCAAACCAAGUUUCCUAAAAUUCGUAACCAUGUCGCGACAUGUUAACUAAUUCCUCCAUCAUGCGUAGUCUCCAAUGUGUGAAACAGUUGCCUAUUUAGCGUAUAUCUUUAGACUAAGCAAUGAUCUGCAAUGUCUCCAAGGUCGUAAUCCCAGAGUCUAUAAGUUUACAGCAGCGAAAAUGAAAAGAAGUUCCCUGUAAUUCGGUCUUUGGUGUAUAAUUCGGUACUAGUUCUUUAAUCUUAACCAAAAAACAGUAAGAAAUUUGCAUUUGCUUUAAAUCUUUUACCAUUGACUUUUAAAGCUUUUUGAAAAGCCAUAUUAAUUUGUAUUUUAUAUGUUAACACAUGCUGCAAAUUUGUUUUAAACAUUUCUCUUUUAAUUUGGAUUUGGAUUAUAUUUAAUUUUUACUAAAAAAUGUAUAGUUUAAAUUUUUAUUUUUUGGAAACUCAGCUAAAUACGUUUCCAGCCGCCUUAGGACAAAUGCCUGAUGAAAUUGUCAACAAUUUCGAUUUAUUUUGAUGUGUUACCUUCCUUCCUAGUACAAAACAUAAUCUUAAUUUCUUUGGACAUUUGUCUGGGCCAUGCAAGAAAAAAACUUAUCAAUCAAGCGAUGAAUAUCAAAAUACACACAAGAACAACAUCGUUUACUCUGCUUGAAAACUACAAGAAUCCCAAAAAUUAAAUAUUGUAAAGUUUUGUUGUGAAAAAGAAUCAUAAACAAAAGCAAAGUGAAACAUUUAAAUUAAAAACCCUAAAUUCUUUCAAAACCUACAAUAAUUCUGAUUUGAAAAACUGCAAUCUUGUUUAAAUUCGUCCCAAUCCCCAAAACCAUAUAAUUUUCUUUAGUUUUUUUUUUGUUAAAAUUCAUAGACGUAGCUAUAAUUAACUUUAAUAAAGGGCUCCUGAAUCAACAACCGGAAACAUUAAGUUAAUUUAAGUGAACGUUCGGUGCGUGAGGACUUGAUAUAUUAAAAUCUUGCCAACACCUGAAAGUCUGCACCGCCCAACGAUCUGAGUGAUCCAAAUACUCGCUCCAAGCUAAAUUUGCGAUGCAUUUUAACCAUUGUAUCCAAAAACAAAAACGCAAAACAAAUCUGUAAACACGUCCAAAACAUAAACUGAGGUCGUGAGUACACUAGAAUAGAUUUCGUGAAAACAAAAUGAAUCCAAAUAAAAAUACGACCGAAACAAUCAAGUAUUCAAAAUUAUUAGGCGAGUGAUUCUAUUCUUGUGUAAGCAUCUCCUUCAAAACCAUACGAUAUCAAAAAUACAAUUUUGUAGAAAUUAAUGCCAAAACAACCAAAUACGAAAAACAAAGUUAACUCUCAAAUCAAGAAUAUUUGUAAAGUAAAAGAUUAUCAAAUAACUAAUUUGUGGCAAUAUAUAUUUCCUAUAUUUUUUCCCCCAAAAUUCCGGCAAUAAAUUGAUGUACCAAGUUUUAAAAAAUUA